AUGCGCCUCUUACGACUUUUGCUUCUCCUAGCCAUUGCUACGCUUGCAGGCCUCUCAAUUGUCCUGCUCAAAGGCAAUGGUGACCUCAAUGUCGCAACAAACCGAUCUCCUUUUGGGCAUACAUCCCUCAAUGAUGCACAGCAGCUACAGCAAGCAUCACCACCGGAGCAACGACCGCACCCGCCACCACAAACACCACCACCACCACCACCACAACAACAACAACAACCUGCAACUGUCGCCGAGUCCUCCACCCCCACAAAUCGACAUCCUAUCGCUGACCUCAUUGAAAAUGCCGAGCAGCAAUUCAAUGGACUAUACUCACGUCAAUCGAAGUCGCUGGCGGAGGCCGUGAAUGAGUAUCGCCGCCGAUAUAAUAUGCACCCUCCGCCGCAUUUCGAUAAGUGGUUUAAAUUUGCUCAAUCGAAGGGCGUGCAGUUGAUCGACGAGUUUGACACCAUUUACCAUUCCCUGCUGCCUUUCUGGGGUAUCGACCCAAAGACGAUCCGAAGUCGCGCGCGCGAGACGCUGGGAUAUGAUAAUGCCGUGAUCGGACUUCUUAUCAGAAAUGGGAAGGCUAGUCUGGUUGAGGGAGGUGGCGAUGGUCACCAAUGGCAGCGAGACGCUACGGUUGGGAUGAUGAAGGAGUUCGUGCAAUACCUACCCGACAUGGACCUCGUUUUCAAUAUCCACGACGAGCCUCGAGUCGUCGUCCCGAGCGAUGAUCUCCAGAGACUGGUCAAUCUCGCGAAAGGCCAUGUUCUCCCCAAAUCCUUUCAGAAUCAGUCGCCGAAGAAUUCAUGGUCUUCUCGGCCGAAGGACCUAAACAAGGGCGACCGCAUUGAUGGGAUGCGCACGACACGCUUUAAUCGCUAUGCCCAUCAGGCCACCUGGACCAACUCGCGGGCUUCUUGCCCGCUAGACAGCCCUGUCCGGUCACUGGACGAGAAUGCCCCCGACAAUGUUGGUGCGUACAGACGUGGGGAAUUAGGGUUCAUCUUCAACACCACGGCGUUCUCCGAUAUUUGCAAUACACCUUCUCUGAGGAAGACGUACGGAUUUUUUGACCGCCCGAACGCUUUCGACGUUGUUCAUGACCUAUUCCCGAUCUUUUCGCAGAGCAAGAUCUCUAGCUUCCAGGACAUUCUCUAUCCGAGCCCGUGGUACUGGGCCAAUAAAGUCCCCUACUCAGAAGAUAAGGACUAUGCCUGGGAAGAGAAACAGGAUAAGAUGUACUGGAGAGGCUCCACAACGGGAGGAUUCUCUCGCGCUGGCGGUUGGCGACGGCAACACCGUCAGAUCUUGGUCACCAACAUGAACAGCCUGAACAAUGCCAAGGUUCUCGCGAAAAAGACCGAUGGACAGUGGGUGACCAAGGAUGUCCGUCGCAAAGAGUACAGUGAUCUAUUCGACGUCAAAUUCACAUUCAUUGGGCAGUGUGACCCGGAUGACUGCGCUGCCCAGCUGGAAUUCUUUGAGGUAGUAGGGCCAGCCGGUCAGCAGGAUGCCUGGGCUUACAAGUAUCUGGUUGAUAUCGACGGGAAUGCGUUCAGUGGUCGAUACUAUGCUUUCUUGCACAGUAACAGUCUUGUUUGCAAGGUUGCCAUCUUCCGUGAAUGGCAUGACGAGUGGAUCAAGCCUUGGCUACAUUACGUUCCCAUGAGCCUGGCGGGUGAAGAGUCCGUUGAGACAAUGCGCUACUUUGUCUCCGAAGCCGAGGGCAAGACUGCGGCAACCUCAAUCGCAAAGAAUGGUCAGAGCUGGGCCCAGAAGGCACUACGGAAUGAGGAUAUUGAAGUUUGGUUCUUCCGACUGUUACUAGAAUAUGGCCGGUUAGUGGAUGAUAACCGGGAGAACCUGGGCUUCUUUCUCUGA